AUGAAACGAUUGAUUGUAUUUGUGGCCCAAUACAAGAUUAUCCUCAUAUUAAUUAUCCUAUGGAUACGUACGGUGCGAUCGGAUCCCAGGGCACUCAUCUAUAAAGGAAAUGUGAACAUCGGCCUACUAAUAGGCGCCCAUUCAAGCACUUCCAGCGACUCGUUAUGCGACGGCAUUAACACUAAUGGUUUGCACCACUCGAUGGCUAACGUAUGGGCUCUGCAUAUGUAUAAUCAGCGGCAACGGCUUAAUAGUUUCGAUGAGAUCGGGGUAUUUAUUUACGAUACCUGUGCCGACCCGGGCGUAGCUCAGAGACAGACUGUGCGACUCGUGUCACACCUGUUCAGUGUUGGUAAUAGGGUUUGUCGCGACUCUAAGACCUAUCCGCCAUUGAUUGGUGUUAUAAUCGACGGCCAAACCUACGACAAGUCACUGGACUUAUUCAAGACAUUCAAUGUCCCCAUAAUCACCACAUCUGAGGGCAGGCAUAAUGAUAGCGAUUCCGGUGGUGGCAAUGUAUUCUCGGUGGCACCCAGUCUUAAAUACCUGUCCAAUGCAAGUGCAGUCAUGUCAUUAGUGAAGGAACUGAACUGGCAAUCCAUGGCACUGGUAGUGUCCGAUGAGGAACCGGCAUUUGAUUCACAAUACCUGCACUCAUUGUCGCUGAAUAGCAAUAACGACUUGAAUAUAGCAAACGCUAAUCUCAACCGAAAAAGAUAUCGCAGAAGAGAUGAACUUUUUAUGUCAAACACUAUAUUCUACUUGAGUUCCUCGGAAGCCAUGGAUCUACUGAACAGUCUGAGCGGAACUGGCGAUGACUACAGCGGUGAUGCCGGUGCUAAAGGAGGCGAUCAACCGUUGAUCGCGGAAUACAGGCGAGCGGCUAAUGAUAGUCGUGUUCCCGACGCUAGCGUAGCCCUUAUGACCAAAGCUGUAUGGGCUCUAUCCCUGGCCUAUCAGAAAUUGUUUCAAAUACAAUGUGCCGGAAAUAAACUGAACUGCAAUUUAUCGACUAAUGCCAACCUCACGGAUAUGAUGAUUAAUAGCCUGAGCAGUUUGAAUGCCGUGAUCAGCGAGAGUGGUCUCAAAGACCUCAAUGGCGUGAGGUUGCGGUUUGACAGCGAGGGUAAACUGGUGUCCUGGAAGUACCAGAUAAUGAUCGUGGCGUCCAAUUGGCAGACAAUUAAUCUCGGCUUUUAUACCCUGGAUAACGGGCUUAAUAUCGACUCGAAGUUCAUGCAAACAAUUUUAGCUAACCGUGUGAAUCGGUUUAGGAUUAGACCGAAGUCUAUGAUUAAAGCCAUACAUAGGAGUGGUUUGAGUCCGCAGUCGUCCAACACUUUACCCCUCUAUAAGCAACCGGUUUAUAGCAGUAAUACAAACAGUCAGUCCAUCGUACAGUCAAAUCUGAUGAGGUCUACAAUCAGACAUCAAGUGUCGUCUUCAUCGGCACCGAUAGAGAGACGGACCACCCUUUUAGACGACUUCCCACCGCUGAACACGUCGUCCACGCGAUCGUCGCCGCACUCGGACUCCAAUUACGUGACCAGAAAGCGGUACAACAGUCUGACGGUCUGGUUGGGCACCGUAUGGUCGUUGGCGAUACUCAGCUCAUCCAUACUGGGAAUACUGAUCACACUCUACGUCCAGACAUUUCUACUGAUGAAGUCCUGUGAAGGGGCGCUGAGAAGUGCCAAUCAAGCGCUGGUGAUCUGCCAUUUGGUGGCCGUCGCCGUCACUUUCUUGGGCUCAUCCCUUUACGUGUUUUAUCCGACGUCAAUGAUAUGCUGCUUACGGCAUACCAUACACAACAUCAGCGUUACGUUGCUUUUCGGUUCGCUACUCAUCCGCGCCAUGUAUAUCAGGGCCCAGAAGUCUAUAGGGCUGGGCGGGCGCACCAGUCGCUUGAAUCAGUUAUUAACACUGUUUUUCAUAGUCGGCAUUCAGACGGCCCUCGAGUUCCAGAAGUGGAAGUAUGAGUUCUCCGGGACUGACAGCAGGGACAGUGAUAUGGAUUUGAAGCGCUUCUGCAUUAACGACGGCUAUGAAUACAUGAGAAGUCAGAUCUAUAUCACAAUUAUUUUGUCACUUUUGUUGAUAAUGUGUUGGUCGGCGAGGGAUACACCGUUCAACCAGAGGGACGGCAACCAAGUGCUGGUGAUUUCGCUGCUGAUGGCUAUGGUGUUCAUCGCGUCGAUGACAGCGAUAAUGAAUAUAAAUAAAUCAAAAUAUAGCGAUAUUAUCAUCGGUUUGUCGAUGAAUAUAUACGCGUUUUUAGUACUAUUGGGCCUAUUUGUGCCCCUAUUGCACGCUAUACACAAAUACGGGGUACUGGUGCCCAAGUCGGGCUCCUACGCCGACUCCCUGUCCACUAUAUUCACGAGUUUCGGUGGCGGCGCUCAUGAUCUCACAGACAGUUAUUCUCAUAACUCAUCCCAAAGUCACAAAAGCAAAGAGUGUCUGAACACUAAACUCAGCAAAUCUUUUGAUUUUCACAACACCACCAACUUUUUUGCCCGGGUGUCACCAAAUUGCUACACAAACCCCAUGCAAGGCCAGUAUAGAUUGAACAGGAACAAGUUGUCGUUAAUGCAUAACACGCUAUACGAAGGGGUGCCUGGAUUUAGAUCAGCGUAUCCAUGA